GCCUAGCCCGGCUCUUCCGGCAGCGCGGCAGGCGGCGCUGAGUCAGGGAGCCGGUGGUGGCGGCGGUGGCGGUAUGCGGGUCCCGGCGGCCGCGGGGCUGGCGCUGGGGCUGGUCUGCGCGCUGUGCUGCGUCCUGGCGCGGGGCUCCGAGGACAUCGUCGUGGGCUGCGGCGGCUUCGUCAAGUCCGACGUUGAGAUCAACUACUCCCUGAUCGAGAUUAAAUUAUACACAAAACAUGGUACCUUGAAAUACCAGACAGAUUGCGCGCCAAACAAUGGGUAUUUCAUGAUUCCCCUCUAUGAUAAGGGGGAUUUCAUUCUUAAAAUUGAGCCUCCCCUAGGGUGGAGUUUCGAACCAACCAGUGUAGACAUCCAUGUGGAUGGCAUUAAUGACAUUUGCACAAAGGGAGGUGAUAUUAACUUUGUGUUCACAGGGUUUUCUGUGAACGGAAAGGUUCUCAGCAAAGGUCAGACAUUAGGUCCUGCUGGAGUCCAGGUUGUACUGAGAAAUGCUGGCAGUGACAUAAACAUACAAGCAACUGUUACACAACCUGGAGGAAAGUUUGCUUUCUUUAAAGUGCUUCCUGGGGAAUACGAAAUCUUUGCAUCUCAUCCUACCUGGAUGUUGAAAGAGUCAAACACAGUGGUACGAGUGACCAGUUCUAAUGCUUAUGCUGCUAGCCCUCUGGUUGUUGCAGGCUACAAUGUUUCUGGGUCAGUACGAAGUGAUGGAGAACCAAUGAAAGGGGUCAUGUUUCUCCUUUUCUCUUCUUCGGUCACUAAAGAGGAUGUUGUGGGCUGCAGUAUUUCUCCUGUGGAUGGAUUCCAGUCAAGAGAUGAGUCUCUUUCCUAUUUGUGCAAUGUUGUAUCAAAAGAAGAUGGAUCUUUCAGCUUUCUUUCUCUCCCGAGUGGGAAAUACACUGUGAUACCUUUCUACAGGGGAGAGCGAAUUACCUUUGAUGUUGCGCCAUCUAGGUUGGACUUCCUUGUAGAGCAUGACAGUUUACAAAUUGAGCCUGUUUUCCAUGUGAUGGGUUUCUCCGUCACAGGCAGAGUGUUGAACGGUCCUGAAGGAGAAGGAGUUGCUGAUGCCACUGUGACUCUGAACAAUCAGAUUAAAGUAAAAACAAAAGCUGAUGGCUCUUUCCGCCUUGAGAACAUAACAACAGGUACAUACACAAUUCAUGCCAGGAAAGAGCAUCUGUUCUUUGAUACUAUUACUGUGAAGAUUGCACCAAACACACCUCAGCUAGCAGACAUCAUUGCAACAGGAUUCAGUGUGUGUGGCCGGAUCUCAGUAACUCGUUUCCCUGACACAGUCAAACAGAUUAGUAAAUACAAGGUAACCAUGAUGCCUCAAGAUAAGGACAAAGCAUCACUAGUUACGACAGAAACUGACCCACAGGGAGCAUUUUGUUUUAAGGCAAAAUCGGGGACAUACAACGUUCAGGUGAUUAUUCCAGAAGCUGAGACCCGAGCAGGAUUGGCUUUGAAACCCAAAAUGUUCCCUGUUACUGUUACAGACAGACCAGUAAUGGAUGUGACCUUCUCUCAGUUUUUGGCUUCCGUCUCAGGGAAGAUCUCUUGUUUAGAUGCUUGUGGUGAUCUGGUGGUGACCUUACAGUCAAUGAGCCGCCAGGGUGAAAAACGCAACCUGCAGCUCUCUGGAAGCAUGGACUCAGUGGCCUUCACAUUUGAAAAUGUGCUACCUGGCAAAUACAAAGUCAGCAUUGUACAUGAAGACUGGUGCUGGAAGAAUAAAUCUUUGGAGGUGGAAGUCAUGGAGGAAGAUGUUUCAGGAGUGGAAUUCAGGCAGACUGGAUAUAUGCUGAGGUGUUCCCUUUCUCAUGCAAUUACACUGGAAUUUUAUCAGGAUGGAAAUGGACCAGAGAAUGUUGGUGUUUAUAACUUGUCCAAAGGAGUUAAUAGAUUCUGUCUCUCAAAGCCAGGUGUAUAUGAAGUGACACCACGUUCCUGCCACCAGUUUGAACAUGAGUAUUACACUUAUGACACGUCCUCUCCUAGCAUACUGACGCUCACUGCGAUUCGACACCAUGUCCUUGGCACGAUUGUAACAGAUAAACUGAUGGAUGUGACUAUUACUAUUAAGUCAUCCAUUGACAGUGAGCCUGCCUUAGUUCUGGGGCCCUUGAAAUCUGUACAGGAGUUACGUAGGGAGCAGCAGCUGGCAGAAAUCGAGACCCGCCGACAGGAGAGAGAAAAGAAGGGUCAAGAGGAGGAAGGAGCAAAGCCACCAGUGCAAGAAAUGGUGGAGGAACUCCAAGGACCAUUCUUAUAUGAAUUUUCAUACUGGGCAAGGUCUGGAGAGAAAAUUACUGUAACACCAUCAUCAAAAGAACUGCUUUUUUACCCACCUUAUGUGGAAACAGUUGUUAGUGGAGAGAGUUGUCCUGGAAAGCUGAUAGAGAUUCAUGGAAAAGCAGGCUUAUUUCUGGAAGGGCGAAUUCAUCCUGAAUUGGAAGGUGUUGAGAUUAUCAUUGGUGAAAAAGGAGCAACUUCACCGCUCAUCACAGUUUUCACUGAUGACAAAGGUGCUUACAGUGUUGGGCCACUCCACAGUGACUUGGAAUAUACAGUCACCGCUCGGAAAGAAGGGUUUGUUUUGACUGCAGUAGAAGGAACAGUUGGGGACUUCAAAGCUUUCGCUCUUGCUGGGGUGACGUUUGAGAUCAAGUCAGAGGAUGACCAGGCUCUUGCUGGAGUUCUUUUGUCUCUCAGCGGAGGGGUGUUUCGGUCCAACCUCCUUACGCAAGAUAAUGGCAUGCUGACUUUUUCCAAUCUGAGCCCAGGGCAGUAUUACUUUAAACCGAUGAUGAAAGAGUUUCGCUUUGAACCAUCAUCACAAAUGAUUGAGGUGCAGGAAGGACAGAAUCUCAAAAUUCGGAUAACUGGAUACAGAACGGCUUACAGCUGUUAUGGUGCGGUUUCUUCUUUAAAUGGAGAGCCUGAGCAGGGGAUCUCAGUAGAAGCUGUGGGGCAGAAGGAUUGUAGCAUCUAUGGAGAAGACACGAUAACUGAUGAAGAGGGCAAAUUCAGGCUACGUGGCCUUUUGCCUGGUUGUGUGUAUCAUGUGCAACUCAAAGCUGAAGGUAAUGAUCACAUCGAAAGAGCUUUACCACAGCAUCGGGCAAUUGAGGUUGGGAACAGUGACAUUGGUGAUGUAAAUAUUAUAGCGUUCCGGCAAAUUAAUCAGUUUGAUUUAAGUGGAAAUGUAAUUACAUCUUCUGAGUAUCUCUCCACAUUAUGUGUGAAGCUCUACAAAAGUGAAAAUCUUGACAACCCAAUUCAUACAGUCAACUUAGGCCUAUCCCUAUUUUUCCAUUUCCCACCACUGCUCCGAGAUGGUGAGAAUUAUGUGGUGCUCCUGGAUUCUACACUGUCUAAAUCACAGUAUGAUUACACCCUGCCUCAAGUUUCAUUCUCUGCUAUUGGAUAUCAUAAACACAUUACACUGAUCUUCAGUCCCACUAGAAAGCUGCCUGAACAAGAUAUUGCCCAAGGAUCUUACAUUGCGUUACCACUGACUCUGCUUCUGUUGCUGGCUGGUUACAACCACGAUAAGCUGAUUCCCUUAUUGCUACAGCUGACAACCCGGCUGCAAGGAGUACGUGCUCUCGGGCAGACUGGUUCUGACGCAGGUGGCUCAGAGGAUGCAAAGAGGCAAACAAAAAAACAGAAGACAAGACGGACGUGAGAUGAAGGGACUGAUUUCAGUGGUGCUCUGUCAGACUGGAACCUGAGGAAGCAAAGCCACUAAAAUACGCUUCUGUUGAACUUGUGGACUUUACAUUGCCAUUGCUAUACGAGCACCGUUCUUCACACUAGCUCCAUUUUGGUUGUAAAUUUUCUAUGGAGUCUACAGAUUUCCUUGUUGUAAAGUAAUAAAAUGAAUGCCUCUAUUGUCA